GUUUUGGCUGUGCGCUUUUACGCACAGACCGCAGACGGUGACCGGACCUGGCUAUGUGCGUUUCUGUGAGCACGGCAGCAUCAUGAGUUUGAGUGCAGAGGGGGUUUUCUUCUCUUCGCCAAGGGACUGAGGAGAGAAGAAGAAGAGAAAAGGACAGAUAAAAAGAAAAGAGAAGAAGUAAGAGGAGAGGAAAGGAGGGGAGGGGAGAGGAGACACAGAGGAGAAGACAGGAAAAAGAGACAGAAGGAAAGCAAACUUUCUUCUAAAGGAUCUUUCACCUCAUUCAGAGGCUCCAGUCAAAGCACCCAACCAUGAGGCUGUGAGUCCCUGCUCCUUCUUUCCUUGCAGAGCUCCUCUUCUUCAUUACCUGACCCCAUGUCACCCAAAGUGGGACCCAGCUCUCAAACCACAGGCACCCAUCUCUGGAUGCUUCUAUGCGCCCUUCUCAGUGCUGUGGUCCUGGCUAGGGGCUCCUCGCUGAGCCCCGAGGACUUACAGAGCACCGCUGCUACAUCGCUGCCAGAGGACUGGAACAGCACGACCAUCCAGCUGCAGCCAGACCUGCAGACCGAAGCCCAGGUGCCGACAGAAGCACAGACGGAAGCACAGACAGAAGCUUUGCCAACUCAGAGCACCACCAGCAAUUAUACAGGUCUAUCCUGUAUCCCUGUCCUGCCACCACGCCGGGGUUCCUUCUAUGUGGAGAGCGGCACAGGCGUGUCGAUUGGUAGCGUGUUGGCCUUCUGGUGCAGAGAAGGAUACCAGCUGGUCGGCAGUGACAAAAUCUACUGCAAUGUCAGGAAUGGCAAACCGCAGUGGAGCAACUACCUGCCCGUCUGUGAAGCGAUCCCCAGACCUGAGGACCGUGGUCUGAGAGUGGCUGUGUUGGCUUCAGUGGUGAGUGGCAUUGUCAUCCUGGCCAUGUCCCUGUCCUUCCUUAUCUGCUGCCUGCAGGAACGAUCCAGUCGGGACCGAGCCAAGAAAGAGGGACGAAGCAGGCGCAGAGAGAAGCGCUCGGCCCGCCGCAGCGAGUGUUGGCUAGAGAGAGAAGAGGGAGAAUGGGAAGCCUUCCCUCCUCCCAAGAUCUUCCAUCUCUCCCAGAGGAUGAACCCCCGUCUGGCUCCUGACAGCCCCCUCUACCUGACUGGGGGGCUUGGUGGAUAUGAAAACAGAGGAUACCAGAGGAGUCAGGAGAGUUUGCUGAAGGCCUCCCUGCCCGGACUCUACCGCUCUGAGUCUCAGCUUUACCCACACGUCGUCCUGCAGAGGGUCCCGACUCCAACAGCGCCUUCUGCCCCUUCUGCUCCAUCUGCCCCCCUCUACCUCCACCUCCCCGCCUCCUCCUCCUCUGCUUCCUCACCCGUCCAUGCAACCACCCACGGUCAGCCUCCCAUGAUGCCGCAGUAUCCUACCCCGACGUACCCGCCCAACCCCAACACAGCUGUGCCCCCCUACCCAACACCGGCGCCUAUCUACCCCAACCCCAAUCCAACACCACAGAGGCCAUGGCAGUAGCUACACCUUCCCCUACACAUAGUUAGUGGGCGCUGUGCCGUCCCUGUUGAAGACGUCGGAGGGACAGAUUCACAGACACAUUUUGGGGACACGUGAAAUCUUUUUACUCUCCCUCAUUCCUGUUUUCUCCCACUGAAGGCUGCAGGUGCAAUGAUCAACACGGACACAAAGAAAACGUGUACAACUGGAGCUGCAGCCAGUUUAGAAGCCCCCUCUGUUACUGCAUGCUUGCUGAACUUCUCCUGCAUUUUGGACUUAACAGGAACUGGGCACUCUAGAUUUUUCUUUGUCCUUAAUUCUUACUGAACUGCUGCUGCUGCUGCGCUCUCCACAAGAGGAGAUCUAUGGAGAAAGUUGUGCUUUUUUAGCCAUCAGAUAUUACAAGAAAGCUUCGAGUAGCCAGUUGACAAGGGAACACAGGGAGUUUAACUCUAAGGUAUACUAAUUUGGCUUAACCAUUGAUGUUAAUGAAGGUUUUGAAGGAUUAUAAAGGACUUUGACUGUGGCCACCACCAUUUAGGCAGCUGAAAUCUCCCAGCAGUGUAAGCGUUUUUUAAUAGUUUAUUGGUAAGAAAAAGAUUCCUAUCAGCCUUCCUAAAGUCUAUAUAAUCUAACCUUGACAGAUAUGUAUAGUAUACAUAUAUACAGUUUAUUUUUGCUUUGAAACUAAAGACUUAACAUACAUUUCUUAUAUCUCAUGUGUGAUGUGACAAAAGACUUAGUCUCUUUACAGCUCUUAUUAAUAUGCCCUGAUAUUUUCCCACACUGUGAGGAGAAAACAGACUGAUGAUGGGGCUUUAUGGGUAGCAAACACACUGUGAUUAAAAAGCAUCUGUUGCUGUAGCCACUGAAUGCAGCCAGUGAUAUGGUGUUUGUAUGGAUUUCAUGAUACAGUCAUUGUUUUAAAUUGAUCAUUUCUUUCUCGCCAGAAUUGUUGACGAAAUGUAAAAAAAAAAAAAAAAAAAAAUCGUGUUUAUUUUUCUCUGUCUGUACUGCCAUAACUCAUUCUAUCACCAAAAGCUAAAGCAUUUUGGCAAAGUCAUUCAUGACCCCUGAUGGAUUUAGGAACAUGUAGGGUAUACAUGUCUAAAAUACUGACUGGAAAUCUGAGCGGGGUCUAAUGAUAAUUGCAAAUAAUUAUCACAGCUUCAAUUAAUUAUAGGCUAGUUUGAGCCAUAGGUUCAGAUAGUAACUUGAAAACUGAUUUUUAACUUCAAGACAACCUCUUGUGCGAUGUAACUAAGGUUCUCUGUGUGUAGCAAACAUAAGGAGGUCAGACACACUGUGAGACUAUUUUGUCCCUGAUGCACUGGAAACUGCACAGAAAAUGCACUGAUAAGUCUGAGCAGCGAGAUGGAGAAGCUUCCGGACCAUGUCGACCUAUAAACUCUGAUUCACUUGAAUUCUCUAAACUUCAGCUGCAGUUGUGCAGCUUUACAGCAAAUGUUGAGAUUGCUCCUAAUUUCAUUUUUUAAUGAAUAAUCAACCUUUAUUUUUCCCUUGGUCUACUGUAUGUUCAUGCAUUUUAAUCCUUAACUUUAUCCAAGAGCCCUUUACUGUUGCUACUCUAGCUGUGGGGCUGUCUUUAUUUUUAAUAGAAGGACUUGAGUAGACACACUUACAAAUCUGCACUUUACAUUUUUUUGAAGGGGGGUUGAAACAGCUUGGACUGGACAGUCCUCAGUAUUUCUUUUACUGUAAACUAUUUGUUGUAUAAUAAUAAGACUGCCAUAAAAGCUGAAUAAAGAGACUUUUGUUUAGU